AGUUCGUUAAAAAUGGCAUUGCAAAUCCAGAAGAAGAUGAGAUAAAAAUAUUCCUAGAUUUUGAAUUAUUAGACGCACUACGUACAUUAUAAUUUAAAUAAAAUUUUAGUUUAUUUGUUAAGAGACAACAUAAUUUUGCUAAAUAUGAACUUAAAUGAUUGUAUUAUAAAUCAAAGGAACAAAUCCAAAAGCAAAUCCAAGUUUAUUAUCACUAAUAAAACAGAUCAACAACCACGACAAUCAGGCGAUUCAACAAUUUCUGUGGAUACUAUAUCUUCAUUUUCGUUACUAAAUAAAAGAUCAGCUAAGAAAUCUUCAACUUUACAUUCGUCAAAAACAAAGUGGGGAAGUACUUGUGUAAGUGUCCUAAACUCCAGUUCCAGUCGAAAAUCAACAAGUACUAAAACAACGGAUGGAAAUCCAUCAAAAACUAUUGUUGCUUUGACGGAAGGCAGAGGAACAGCCCAAUGUGAAGUCGGAAUAGCAGUGAUAACUAUUUCCAAUCCACAGCUGGUGAUUUGUCAAAUAUCUGAUACGCAGAAUUAUAUAAAUACCUUGACGAAAAUAAAUAUUUUUAAUCCCAGCGAGAUUCUGUUUCCAAACACUUUUGAACAUUUCGGUGGUAACAGAUUAAUAACUAAAGUAAAAGAACAAUUUCCCAAAAUAAGAUACACCGCUGUACCAAGAAGUGUCUUUAACAAAAUUAACGGUUUGGAAAUUUUGUCCAAGCUGUGUAUUCCGUCGCUCAAUGGUGUCUUACUGAUUUUGCAGCAUAGAUAUUACGCUCUGGCAGCUGCGUGUGCCUUGCUAAGUCAUUUACAGGAUAAUCUAUACGUAUAUCAUGCAGCGGGAUCGCUAAAAAUUGACUAUCAAGAAUCAGAAGGAUACGCUUUAAUUGAUGUAUCGACAGCAGAUAGACUGGAACUAGUUUUUAGUGCGAAACCUGCGCAAGCCAAUAAAUUUUCCAGCCUUUUAGGAAUAUUAGACUGUUGCUAUACGAAAAUUGGCAAAAGAAAACUGCGUUCGUGGAUCCUUCAACCUCCUUCGAGGAUUUUGUACAUUGAAGAAAGGUUGGAUUGCGUCGAGGAAUUAAUGAAGAAUCCUGAAUUAUUGCCUUCUGUUCAGAUUAUGCUGCAAAAGUUAUCAAGCGUCGAUGCUCUACUGAACGUAGGGACAAUAAUUCCAGACGAUCCCCAAAAAUGUUCAGUUCGUCAACUAAACUACAUCAUCAAUCUGAACGGUAUAAUAGAUCUAAUAAAUCCCCUCAAAGAAUUACUAGUAGACUUAAAACAGCCGUUCUUUGUAAGACUGAAACGAACACUAGAGGAUCCUGCUUUCAAGGAAAUCAAAGAGAUGGUGCAAGAGGUCGUGAACGAUUAUGUCCAACCCACGAAAAGCCAAACAAUGAUGCACCAGAGGUGUUUCGCUAUCAAACCUGGUGUUAACGAGUUGUUGGACGUUGUGAGGAAAGUAUUUACUGAAAGACUCAACGAUAUGAAAGAUUACGUGGAAGGAUUAUCAGACAAAUAUAAUAUUCCACUAACUCUCGGUAACAACCAGAAAAAAGGUUAUCACAUAGUAUUAAAUUUAAAUAAAUCCAACAUGAAAAAUAUGAAGAAUAGUGAUCUUCCUAACGAAUUUAUAGAAAUUAAUAGGUCGACAAGUUAUUAUACCAUGAAAACACCAGAGUUGGUUAAUAUUUCUACUCGAGUAGACGAUAUCAUGGAAGACAUAUUAAAGAUGAGCAACGUGAUAGUGUAUAAUAUGGUGCUGAAUAUCAAAGAUCACAUUUAUCUGUUCCAUACCUUUUGCGAUGAAAUUGCUCAGCUGGACGUCUAUCAGUCGUUAGCCCAAACGAGUUUGGAAAAUCAUUAUAUUCGUCCCAGUUUCGGGGAGUAUACUGAGAUACAAUUGGGACAACAUCCUCUGUUAAAUUUCUUGUUACCUUCUAAACCGACUGCAAAUUCAGUGUUUUGUUCGGAUGAAUAUAAUGUUCACAUCAUCACAGGUCCGAACGGAUCGGGAAAAAGCGUUUUUAUAAGACAAGUGAUGCUGCUUCAAAUCAUGGCACAAUUGGGAUGCUACGUACCUGCUGAGUCAGCCAUAUUUAAACCAGUGAACAAAAUGUUCGCCAGAAUUUAUUUGGGAGAUAACAUGGAGUACAGUGCUUCUUCUUUUGUAUUAGAGAUAAAAGAAAUGAAAUAUAUAUUGUCAACAAUGACUGAAAAUUCUCUUAUUAUAAUUGAUGAAUUAUGUCGGUCUACGUCACUAGAAGAAGGAAUAUCAUUGGCAGUCGCCAUCUUGGAACAACUGGCACGUUUUUCAUCCUAUAUUUACAUCACCACUCACUUUACUACCUUGGCAAAACUGCAUAUGAUGUAUCCCAACAUUAAAACGUGGCAGAUGGAUACAAUCGCUAUAGGUGAGGAUCCAAAAACUUUCAAACUAGAUUACAAAUAUAGCGUCGUACCUGGAAUAACUACCAUUGGUCGUUAUGGGGUGUACAUAGUGAGAAAAAUUUGGCCGGAUUCUAUCGUUGAUAAAAUUGACAACCGCUUGGAUGUUCUAGAAAAAGAACAAAAAAAAUCUUUAUUCACUUCACUAAACCAAAAAUUCGUUUUGAAGUAUCAAGUGGAAAGUGAAAUGAAAUAUUUAAAAAGACGUCAACUGUUAUCUACCCCGAAAAUCCACCAACUACUUCUCCAAUAUGAAAUGAACUUAAACUAUAUAGGAGCUUUAAAUUACAAGACAAGUAUCUCUCCCUCUGCAAGUCAGCAAUGUAGCGAACGACAGAAUGGAACGGGAAGUGACGGAAUCAAUAAUUUGGAGCAUGAUCUACCAAACAUCAUGAGCACACAAGAAUAUUUACAACAAGAAGCAAGAUUGGAGAACAUUUUUACACCUGUUCAAAAUCAAGGACUCCGAUCAAGCCAGUAUAAUCUAUUAUCACCUCUCUCCGAACAAAGCUUUCCAAACAGUUUACGUUCCAAACUUUCUUUUAAUCUAGAUCAAUUAAACAUGUUUAGUCCAAUUGUUACAAUACAUGAACUAGAUGCAUAUCCACAAGCUCUGGAAACAUCAAUGAUAUCCAAUUUUGUCAUGCCUUUUUCUCAAGAACAUACAAAAUUUCUCCCUAUACUUACAUCUUCUGGGUAUCAACAAGAACAAAGUGUACUGCAGUCUUGCAAUCCGUUUGAGUUCAAACAAUCGCAGAAUUUUCAAAUGCAAAUGUCGCCUCAAUGUGGUGUUACCCCUACCAUUAACCAAACGACACUUUCUUCCUAUUCGCUAAAUAAAUCUUUGGAACUGCAACAACAUGUAACAUCUCUUCGUGUAACUGGUCGAAAUCAACUGUCACCAUCACCACCAACAAAUGUGUGGUCCCACUCAACCCGUCCACUAGAUCUGUCUUCGAUUGUUUCUGUGGAAGAAUACGAAUCUAUUUGUGACGAAUUUCAGAAUGAGAUGGAAGAAUGUCAAAGUGGUGAUAUAAACACAUCAACUUACAAGAAAGACAAGUCAGCUGUGAUUCAAAAAGAAGACAGAGAGACACCUAUGUUCAACAAUAAGAUGAGCGCUAGAAAUACCUACAAAUAUUACAUUUCUCCGAUAGUUACAAUUAUUGAAGGGCCAAAUGACACAACUCAGUCUAUAAGUGGCGAUGAAGAAGAAAUUCACAACUUGAAAUGCGCUAAGUCUGAUUCAUCUAUGGAUUUAAACGACAAAGAUGCCGAUAUAAAUGUUAAUACAACGAAAAAUAAUAUUAAGCUCAAUAUUGUUUCUAACAUUCUUCUUAAAGCACCAAACGAAAAUGUAAUUGAUAAUAAUGACGUAAGCAGUGAUGAUGAAUUGGGUAAAGUGGAGGAUAUUCACGAAAAAAAUUACUCUGAUGAAAACUUAGUAAAUGAAUUCAACCAGGAGGAAGAAACUGAGAGUGCUGCUUUACAUAAUAAAAUAGAGAAACACUUCUCCGAAAAUUUUGAAAAAAUUAAGUUAGAUAAUGAUCAAGAAUGUGCAGAAUUGUUGAACUCAGUCAAUAAUAAACAUACUGAUGACGAUUUAUCAUGUUUGACUUCAAAUUCUCCAAAAUAUGGAAAUAGGCAACCGUCGACCAAUUUACAUCAGGUACCCAGUUCAUAUUCUCCAAAACGUGUAAAUAGGCAACCAAUGCUACGUCAGGUACCCAGUUCAAAUUCUCCAAAACCUGGAAAUAGGCAACCAAUGAUACCUCUAUUUCAAUCACGAAUUGGUCUUAAAAAGAAAAACUGUGCGCCGAAAAGAAAAUUGAAAAAAGAAACAAUUAACAAUCAAAACAUGGACGUUGAUGAAGAUAGCCAUGUUAUACAAUUAGAAAACAAAGACAAUAAAUCAAUAUAUGACGAAAAAGUAGACUUGAAGGUCGAGAAAUCUCCAAAAUUGCUUGGCAAAGUUUUAAAAAGAAUUCAAUGUAGGAGAAGAAAAACUCUUAAGGCCAAUUUUAAUGCUCUACCGAUUAAAUCUAGAAAUAACUACGAGAAUAAGACGGGAAAAGUCGAUCAAGAUGCUUCCAACAUUUCUGAUGAACUGAUACCUCAGGAAAAUAUAAAUAAAAUUCUAAAUCGCUAUAAUAGUAAUGAGGAUAAGGACAAAAAGAACAAAAGUGAAUUUUUUGCUAAAGCUUUAUCGUCAAAUGUAUCUAUUGUUGAUCAGGUUUGUAAGUCUACAUCGGAAGAUGAACAAGACAAAAUAGAAGACAAUAUUUCUCAAAAAAUUGUUGAAAAUGUCGAUAACAAUAACAGCUCAUCCUUGACGAAUACAUCUCCGCCUCAAAAAAUUGAUUCAACUGGAGAAAACUUUACACCUAAAGAAAUUAUUAACAUAAACUCUUCAACCAGUAUUUCUGCUGCAUCUAAGUGCAGAAACUUGGAUGAUGCAGAUGACUUAAGUGCAGAAUCUGCAAAAGAAAAUAAUAUAACGAGUGUCUCUAGUGCAUCUAGAAAAAGGAACUUAGAUGACAAUCCCAACCAGUUAUCUACUAGUGAGAGCUGUGAUAGAUCUAGAAAAUCGAACACAUCUGACAGCGCGAAUAGAUUAUUGAAGGAAAUAAGUUCAAGUCCAAGGCGUCAAAUAAAAUUGCGCAAUACACGGAACAAUAAAAAUAUUGUAAAUGUGUCUUCGUCGCCUAAUACGUCAUUUGCUUCUAAAAACAGAAAUCUUGAGGGUUCUGGAAGCUCUACCUCUACUAGCAGCGCACAACCAUCCGCCCAGCAACCAAAAAUAAAUAAAAAGUUUGAUUCAACUGGAAAAAACCUACCAUCUAAAGAAAGUAACAAAAACUCGUCAACAAGCAUCUCUGCUGCUUCCAAAUGCAGAAACUUGGAUGAUGCAGCCGAUUUAAGUUCAGAAUCUGCGAAAGAAAUUAAUAUAACAAGUGUUUCUAGUGCAUCUAGAAAGAGGAACUUAGAUGAGAACCAUAGCAACUUAUCUACUAGUGAGAGCUGUAGUAGAUCUGUACAAUUGAACACAUCUAACAACGCGAAUAGAUUAUUAAACGAAUCAAGUUCAAGUGAAACGUUUGAAAUAAAAUGGCUUAAUACACAGAACGAUAAAAUUACUUUAAAUUUGUCUUCGUCGACGAAUACGUCAUUUGCUUCUAAAAAAAGAAAUCUAGAUGGCACUGGAGGCUUUACCUUCACCAGCAGCGCACAAGCAUUCGUCCAGCAACCAAAAGUUAACAAAAAAUUUGUACCGCCUCGCAAGCUAACCGCCAAACGGAUAAAACAGGAAUUCGAGGAACAAGAUCGAAUCAUGCUGGAGAGUAGUUCCAGUAAAUCGCAAUACACUAAAUAUCUGGAACAACGCCUCAAUCGUCCGUCUGUCAGGCAGAUUCAAGACGCUACCCACGUGGCAACGUUGCGGAAGACUGUACGAGGUUUCGAAGUUGUAGCGUCCGAAGCAGCUAAGUCAAAACCGAAAGGAACUAUGUUUAAAACCUUUUCGAAUGAAAAUUUUGACAUGACAAUAUUUAGCGACAAAAAUGCUAAGUGCUUCGAAAAUUUUAUUAAUUCUAAAGAAACCGAUCUGCAGUUUUUAAAUUUCAAUAAACAAAAAGAGGAAAGCAAGAUGCCGUUUUCUUUCAGCAAGUCUUCUGAGCAGAUGUCUACGUUUGAUUAUUUCGUGAAUAAUAGUCAAAAUCAAGGUAGCAGUAAUCAGAAAACCUUUAAAAUGUCCUUGACACCUGACGGAUACUACAAACAACACAAAGAUGAUAUGAAUGCCCUUUUGAAGAAAUAUCUAAAUCCAUCUCCGGUUGGUAGUAGUUCGCAAAAGUCCGUGGGAUUGAAUUUCAAUAUUUUUGGUAAUCCUAAUUUAAGUAAUGAAGAUUUUGAUUUGUAAAGUUUAAUAAUUAUUUAAUUCUAAAUAUAUCGUUUAAUAAGAUAGGUACUGUAAUAAAAUUCUAUAAAUAUAUUAUGU